UUAAUCUGUGAUUUCUGCCUUGGUAUGUCUUCUGUCAAUUGUGUCUCCUCAUGUUAAUAAAUCAUGAGGAGGAGAACCACAACAACCAGAAGGCUGCUUGUUGUUGUGUGUCCUUGUCUAAAAGUCACUGUGGGAAUUCAGCAAAUCCAGCUGAAAACCGUUCAGCGGCUUCCGCACUUCCCACCGCCUGAACGCUGUGAGCAAUCAACAUUAAGAUCUCUCACUCCGUGUUAGUGUAAGAGCAGAUUAAAGCAAUAUCCCAAACACUGCAGGCUGAUCUCUGCUCCGUCCCAAACUGAGCAGCAGCAGCAGCAGCAGUUUUGCCUUUUGGUUGGUGGCAGGAAGGGAACAUGUGGUCACGCAGCGGCCAAUGCUGAGCCCAGAGCAAGCAAUCGGCGGUGUCAGAACGGAGCCAGCAGCGCCUUUCUGUGCAGAAAGAAAUCCCUCUUAAAAAGACAAGAGCAAAAGAGAGGAAGAGAAAGAGAGAGAGGGAGGGUGGGAGGAUUUGGUUACGGAGCAGAAGAAGAUGAGGAUGCAGAGGGAAGUGGAUGUUGCAGAGGAAGCUGCAGGGAGGUGAAAACAAACAUCACAACAGUCCCAGGAUGUAGGCGCUGAUUGAUCCGAGGGUGUCUGUGAACGCACCGUUACGUCCGAGGACUUGUUGUGUUUCAAGGAUAGUGAAGGUGGAAGGCUGCAACCUGAGAUGCACCCCCGUCUACUCCCACUCAUAGGAUGACAAAUUAGUGUUUACAAAGGCGAAGGAGCGAGAAAUCAAACCCGAGGAUCGCUGCUCUGUUUUCGAAACGCGCUGAGCUGUCGGUGUGGAAGAAGCGAGGCUUGACACCUCUUGAUGUGCCGUCGCUAUCCUGGAUCAGAUGUUGUCCACAGCUCAGCAGAUGCUGCAGGACAGCCGCUCCAAGAUCGAGCUGAUCCGACUGCAAAUUAUCAAAGUCACCCAGGCUGGUGGCGGCAGCGGAGAAGGUGGAGGAAACCAAAACAUCCCUGCUGAUGGAGAAACGUCUCCUGUAGCUGUCAGUCCCGCGGACGCUCGCUUGGCAGAGCUGCAGCACUACAUGCAGAGAGAAACCGAUGCGCUGGCGCUGCACAAAGACGUGGUGAAGCAGCUGCAGGGCAUCUCAGAGCUGGACCAGAAUCCUCUGGUUGAGGCUCGAGUUCGGGUGCAGGAAUCCUCCCAGAAGCUUGAACUUCUCCGAUUAUCCCUGGAGAAAUGCCUGCAGGAACAGAACCACGAUUCUCCACGGCUUCCUGCGGAGGCGAUCGAUCCUCCGGAGGGAACGGCGUCGCCUGAAGACCGCAGAUCGUUGCGUCCGCUCCCAACCUCGCCGUCCAUCAUUCCCGUCCGACCUGCGUCUCUAACUGGGAAUCUUGAACUGAGACUGCUGGGAUGUGAGGAUUUACUGAAACCCCAGUCAGACUCGGAGCAGGAAAAUCCUUUGGUUCCCUCUGAAAACGGUUCGGCUGCUUCUCAUAAGACUGACGGAUCGCUCACCGAGGUCAGAGCGGUGCUGCGGCUGGACGGCCGGGUCGUCGGCCGGACGCGCUGGGCUGCAGCCGGCGGCCUCAGCUGGGAUCAGGUGUUCUGCAUCCAGCUGGAGCGGUCUCGAGAGCUGGAGGUUUGCGUGUUCUGGCGGCACCUGAGGACGAUGUGUGCGGUCAAGAUCCUGCGUCUGGAGGAGUUAAUGGGGAACCCAGACUACAACCAGGGCUUCAAUCUGGAGCCGCAAGGCCUCCUCCACAUCCAGUUUCAGUUCAUCGACACCGUGGUGGAGCGGCAGCCUAAACUGAGACGUCAGCGAUGCAUUUUCACAAAAGAGAGAGGAAAGAAUUUCCUCCGAGCUGCUCAGAUGAACAUGAACUUUGCCACCUGGGGCCAUCUGAUGAUGAGCAUCCUUCCUCACUACAGCUCCUUCGCCACCUUCAGCUCGCAUCUCUCCACAACCUCGGACCUGAUCGGACACAGUCCUCCGAAUCCGACGGAAAGGAAGCCUGAUCCGACGUCUUCACUGCCAAGCGAAACUCCGCUACUUAGACUGAGCAUCUCUGAGGAUCAGCCGCCUCCCAUCGACAUCAAGCAGCAAGAAAACAUCAUCACUAAAGAAGAGAAGACAUCAGUGCCUGCACUGCAAGAAAAACUGAUUUCCAUACACCCACCAUCCAGUCCAAACACUGCAGAAGAAUGUGAGGAUCAGCCCGUGUCUCCUCUGAAGAUGAAGGUUGAAGAUUUUAAAUAUACUUCAGUUCUGGGAAGAGGACACUUUGGAAAGGUGCUACUGGCCGAAUUCAAGAAGACAGGACGACUGUACGCCAUUAAAGCCUUGAAGAAACGAGACAUUGUGACUCGUGAUGAAGUGGACAGCCUUAUGAGCGAGAAACGGAUCUUUGAGAUGAUCAACGCCUCCAGACACCCCUUCCUGGUCUACCUUCACGGCUGCUUCCAGACCGCUGACCACGUCUGUUUUGUCAUGGAGUAUCUACCCGGCGGCGACCUGAUGAUCCACAUCCACACUGACGUCUUCUCAGAAGCUCAGACCAGGUUCUACUCAGCUUGUGUCCUGCUGGGUUUAGAGUUCCUGCAUCUGAAUAAAAUCAUCUACCGAGAUCUGAAGCUGGAUAACAUACUCAUGGAUGCUGAGGGAUUUGUUAAAAUCACAGACUUUGGACUUUGUAAAGAAGGGAUGGGCCAUGGAGAUCAGACCUCGACCUUCUGUGGGACUCCAGAGUUUCUCGCCCCAGAGGUUCUGACUGAUGACACCUACACCCGCGCUGUGGACUGGUGGGGGAUGGGCGUCCUCAUUUACGAGAUGCUGGUUGGAGAGUCUCCGUUUCCUGGUGAAGAUGAAGAAGAAGUCUUUGACAGCAUCGUUAAUGACGAUGUGCAGUAUCCAGCGUCUCUUCCCGCUGAUGCCGUCUCCAUCAUGCAGAAGCUGCUGAAGAAGAACCCGUUGAAACGACUUGGAGCCGGAGAGAGAGACGCAAACGAGGUCAAAGGAGAGAAAUUCUUUGAGACCAUCGACUGGGAAGCCCUGAUGGCCAGGAAGUUAACGCCGCCGUUCGUACCGUCGAUCAAAGAGCCCACAGACGUCAGCAACUUUGACAGCGACUUCACUCGGCUCCAGCCGGUCCUGUCUCCGCCCUCCAAGCCCUUCAGCCUCUCGGCGGAGCAACAGGAGGCUUUUGCAGACUUUGACUUCUGUGCUUUGCAUGGUUGAGCGAAGGACCGGAGACGCCACGGGGAAAUUAUUAGCGCCAAUUUGUCGGCGUUACUGCCGGUAGCAGGUAGCAAACCAGUACCAAAUAUGCAUGUUGCCAAGUAUAAUCAUCCAGUGUUGACUUCUGUAGUAGAGUUUGCAAGAACACUGAUGUUAUUUGUUCUAGCACUGCAUUAGCUGGUGAAUACGGAGGGCUAUUAGGGCUUGUAGAAAAAAUUAAUUCAGAAUUAUGAGGAAAAAAGUCAGAAUUCUGAGAUUAAAUUCAGAAUUCUGUGAUUAAAAGUUUAAAUUAUGACAAUAAAAGUCAGAUUUAUAUGAUUCAAUUAAUUUAUAUGAUUCAAUUCUGAGAUUUAGAAUUUUGACCUGAGAUUAAAAUCAGAAAUUUGAGAUUAAAAGUAUAAAUUCUGAUAUUAAAAGUAAAAAUACUGAGAUUAAAGUC